GAGAGAGAAUGAGAAACCACCCUGCAUUUCAAUUUCUUCUCGGUAGCUCAUCGAAAAUGCAAGCGUUUCGACGAAGAAUCUCAACAGCGACAAUCUCCACGGCGAAGCAAUUCAACGCUCUUCCAUCCAUUAUUGCCGGUGAAUUUCCGGCAACGAGACGGCGGUGGUCGAGCCGCAAGUCCCGGAGCGGCGAGGACGAGUGGAACGAGGCGUGGGAGACGGCGUGGCUUCCGGAUGACCUGACGCCGAAGACGCAAGCGCCGUGGGAGAGCGACGUCAACUUCCCUUCCUCCUCCUCCUCCUCCUCCGCCGCCGCCGCCAAUGACGGAGACGGCGACGAGGAGACGAAGGCGUUCGUGGCGGAGAUGAACGAGAAUUGGAACGAGCGGCGGAAAGGAUCGAAGGAGAAGGAGAAGAAGGAAGAGAACGGCGCGCUUUACAGCGUGGAGAAUAUGAAGAAGGAUUAUCGGUUGAAGAAGCAGAGAAUGCACGCUGGCUUGUGGAUGAAGGAGAUUGAGAAGCUUGAGGAAGCGAAAUUGGGCGAUUCUGAUGUUGCUGGUGAUGAUGACAUUCAGAGAUUGCUUGAUAGUUGCUCCGACAUUUUUGACCCUGGCAAUAAUGAUCUCAACAAUGUGCAAGUUCAAACUUCUGAGUUCAAAAACAUGCCUGAUGGAUGGGAAACAAUAUCAAAAAAUCAAGAAGGAAAUGUGUGGGAGAUGUCACAGAGAGAAGAAGAUAUACUUCUCCAGGAAUUUGAACGACGUAUUGCCUAUAGCAAAUUUCAGAUUGCUAGUUUUAUCAAGACUCAUAUAUUUAGCCGGAGGAGGCCAAUUGAUGGGUGGAAAUAUAUGAUUGAGUUGGUGGGACCAAAUGCUAAGAGAGGGAAGGGUAGUGUUUCUAGAGUACCAAGUCUAUCUGAUCCCUCUACCCAACCAUUCAAGGAGGAGAAAAAUUCAGUUGAUAAGACAUAUGUUCCCCGUGAGAGAAGGUAGCUUGGUCAUGUGGUGUUGUGUAAUCACUUUAAUUGUGCUGAGUUGCUGCUACUUAGCCUUUACUGACAACAGAUGCUCUCCAUGGAAUCUCGGUUAAGGUUCAAAACCCUGCAUGAAGGAUAAAAGCAAGUGACAAUGUGACCCAGGAUGAAUGUGAUACUAAUUAUUGGUCUAAAAGCAAAAGGAAUUUUCUUAUUUGCGAUAUUAAGAGUUACUCCUAAAUCUGGAGUAAUUGAACGAAGAUAUUAAACAGGGGAUCCCAAAUUUUAACAGGUGUUUAAUGUCUGUAGCUAUAUUUUUGUUUACUUGUCCUAAUCACAUGAAGGAUGCAAGAGAGGUUUCAUCAAGGAUAUCAAAAUAUGAAAAUGGCUGAUGGCUAUAUUAUAUUUCAUUGAACUUGUAGAACUAGAUAAUAAUUGACGCCCUCUGCAUGCUAAAACAUUGUAAACAGUUAAUCCCAUCGGACUGAUCUGUCUACACAUAGUAUCAUAUACUUAGUGCCA